AUGCCUCCUAAGAAGCAACCCGAGAAAUCCGGGUCUUCUGCGGCUAAGCCCGCAGAAAAAAAACCUGCAACUGCUAAAACACCAGUAGCAGCUCCUAAAGCUGCAUCUACAAGUGCUGCACCAAAACCAGCUUCUGCUAAAACACCUGCACCUGCCCCCAAGGCUGCUGCACCAAAGUCUGCACCAGCCCCCAAACCAGCACCAGCCAAAGCUGCUUCUGCUCCUGCUGCGCCUGCUAAGCCUGCUGAGAAAAAACCCGCAGCAGCUGCACCUUCUGCUAAACCUGGAUCUGCAAAAGCGGCUGCUCUUAAGGCUAAAUCCAGUGCUAAGCCUUCAGCCAAAAAGGCAGCAUCUGCUACAAAGCCUGCGAAAGCGAAUCCAGCAAAGACUAAAUUGAAAAUUGCACCUAAACCCAAGAAAACUGGUAUUAAGGGACAAAAGAAAGUUGUGAAACCAGUUGUCAAGGCCCUUAAAAUCCAGAAAAAGGUUGUCAAAGGUGAACAUGGAAAGCGAGUACGUAAAAUCCGCACCUCAGUGCACUUCCACAGACCUAAGACUUUUGAGCCUCCAAGGAAUCCUAAGUACCCUAGAAAAUCCCUGCCUAAGAGAAAUCGUAUGGAUGCAUACAACAUCAUCAAGUUUCCCUUGACAUCUGAAGCUGCGAUGAAGAAGAUUGAGGACAACAAUACACUGGUAUUCAUUGUUCACACAAGUUCUAACAAACACCACAUCAAAGCUGCUGUCAAGAAGUUGUACGAUAUCAAUGUUGCGAAAGUGAACACACUUAUUAGGCCCGACGGCAAGAAGAAGGCAUAUGUACGGCUCGCACGAGACUAUGAUGCGUUAGAUGUUGCCAACAAGAUUGGAAUCAUA